UCGAUGCAACCUCCUCCUGGAAAGAGAGCAUGACCAGAGUUUCCUUUCUUUUUUUUUAGGAGCUUCAUCUGAUCAAGUUUUAGAUAAGAUCUUGAAUCAACACCCAUUGCCUCCUUUUGCACUUCUCUCUCUCUCUCUCUCGCUCUCUCUCUCUCUCCCAUAUUCGUGACCAUGAACGGCCCUGAAGACCCAAACCCUAAUCGCACUUGCUUUGAAGAGAUGGUCGAUCUGUCGGAGUUCGAGUUAUCGGAUUAUCUCCUUCUCGAAGGUAAUUUCGAGGGAGAUCUGUCGGCAAAAACAAUGGCUAAUUCCGAGGAAAAUUCCGUGGGCAGCUCCAGCGGGUUUGCUUGCCACGAAGCCAGUGAAAGAAGAAAUAGCGACAUAAGAUGCAAAAGAGGGAAGAAGAAGUUAGAUACUGCAAUUAGGGUUGCAUUCCGGACCAAAUCGGAGCUCGAGGUCAUGGAUGACGGAUUCAAAUGGCGAAAGUAUGGCAAGAAAUCAGUCAAGAACAGCCCUAACCCUAGGAAUUACUAUAAGUGCUCGAGUGGAGGGUGCAACGUGAAGAAGAGGGUGGAGAGAGAUAGGGACGACUCGAGGUACGUGAUAACAACGUACGAGGGCGUCCACAACCACGAGAGUCCAUGUCUUGUGUAUUACAACUACAAGCAGAUGAGGCCUGUCGUGGACGCUGUCGUUUCUGGCGCUUGGGAUCCGCAGGGCCCUCCUUCACAUUACUUUCCCUCCUCAUAGAGGCACUUCAUCAAGCCCUCCUUUUGCCAUACUUCAAUUGGUCUCAACAUGUAUCUACUCGCACGAGAGGCUCACGUGAGUAACGUCGUCUCUCUUGAUGAGUAUUGUGUAAAAGUUUCUUUGCCUUGACCCCGAUUCGUUAUAGACUCGGUGAAUCGCGAUAUGGUUGUCUUGCCUGAUCUAAUGGCACUCGCAUUUGAAUGAGUGCGUUUCCCUUUCUCUUGUUAAUCUUGAAUUAUAAAGUUGGAAUUGGCAUUUCACAA